AUGGACAACGACGAGCAGCACCCCUCUCGUCGCUCUCCACAGCACACGAAUGCUCUGGCCGGCCCCUCAAGCCCUCCACAACCCCGACCGUACUUCACGAGCACUCAAGACUUGCUCACACGCUUCCAGCUCCUCCCCUCUUACGACAAGUAUGUUCGACCAUACGCACCUCCAGUCGGCUCCAUCCCCCAAAUCACGGCGUCAAGCGCCACAGAAAAGGGGAAGGGCAAGGAAGCACCUCCACGAGACGUGGUCGCUUCAUCACCAGCCGCGCAUGCUUCGGGAGCAGGUCAGGAUGGGGAUGAUGAAGACGGUGGAAGAGGAGAAAAGAAGUUUAAGAAUUACAGGCAUCUCAUCAAGGGCAUUCCUGGAAAACACUCGAUGAAGAAGGACGACUACUUCACGAAUCUGAUUCAAGUACCGCCCAAACAGAAGAUAGCCAUUACACCGUUCGAUCUCAGAACACAGCGUGAUGCGUUCUCAGUUAGCCUCGAAGGAUUGAAAGGGUGGAAUAUACAUGCGCUUGUAGCCGAGUCCUCACAGGCCAGGGAGGAUCGGAAGCGGCGGAAAGAGGCCAAGAAGGCAAAAGCUCAGGGCCUCGCUCAACCCGCUGUUGCCCUGGGGGCGAACACUCCCUCGGCUCUUCCUGCGACACCCACCGCGGCGACCGCGUCAACGCCUGUUAAUGCUACCGCCCCUACCGCUCCGCCCCGGACAUCUACCCCUCGACCAGGUGUACCGAAACCCCCUCCAGCUCAGCAACCACAUACGCAACCGCGAGGCAGGACACCUGUCGGCAUCGGGACGCCGCGCUCCAUUUCCACGCCUGGAUCUGGUGCUGGGCCCCCGGCAACGCCUGCCGGCGCACAACAAAUCGCAGCGGCACAAACCGCUCCUCCAUCCCAUCAUGCAUCUGACCAACCGCCUACACAUACAAUGCGUGGGGUCAAGCGAGAAAGAGAGCACUCGACGGACACUGGUCUGCAGGUGAAUGGCAACGUCCUGCCCUCGGCGCCACAUCAAGAAGGUGCAAGACCUGGGCUCAAGGGGGCAAAGGCUGGCAAUUCGGGCGUACGUCCUCGACCGGUGAAGAAGCAGCGUCUGGAUGCCAACGGGCAUGCGCAGGUGCCGAUACAGCAGCCUACCCCACACGCGUAAUUCGCAGUUGCGCACAGCGCACGACCAACCCUGGAAUAUCUCCUCAUAUCCCCUCCUGCACGUACGCCAGGUCAUGCCCGCGACGCUACGCUUCUGGACGCCCAAACAUUAUCGCCGCCUCGACCUGUCCCCGACGCACGCCACCGCAUCCCGCGAUCGUUGUUCUUCAUGGAUAGCCCUUCGCAUACAUUAUCGUCGCUCGCCACUCGCCACUAGUCGCACAAGCCUCGUUACAUCGAUCGCACCUACAUCGUCGGCCUCUUUAUCGCUCACGCUAACGCGGCGUACACGAGCGUUUGGCGACGAGGUUGCGUCGUACCACACAUCCCCCAUCCGC